CUAUAAAGGCUCGUCGGGGGGUCGGGGAAGUCAGCCGAUACAAACAAGGAGCCCAUCUUCCCCACAGUGACGAUGGUGGACUCUGCGGCGCUGAGCCUGGUGCUGCUGCUCUCAGCAGUCGGAGCAGCGACGGUAGAGAAAGUGAACUAUGACUACUACAAAUACCAUCCCAUGCCAGAGAUCUCAAACUGGAUGACGCAGACGGCACAGGAUCACCCCGACGUCGUGACCAUCGUGGACUAUGGGCACACCUACGAGAAUAGGAAGAUCAGUUUGCUCAAGAUUGGUCUGAGCACUGGGGAGAAAAAGAAAGUCAUCUGGAUGGACUGUGGUAUACACGCCAGGGAGUGGAUCGCCCCGGCCUUCUGCCAGUACUUUGUGCGACAGAUUCUGCAGACAUACAAGACGGACCCGAAGAUGGAAGAGAUGAUGAAGAACAUGGACUUCUACGUCACGCCGGUGCUCAACGUGGACGGCUACAUCUUCUCCUGGAAGGACAACACGACGCGACUGUGGAGGAAGAACAGAUCACCGGGAACUUCCAGCUGCGACUGUUACGGCACCGAUCUCAACCGCAACUUUGACGCCAACUGGGGCACGAUCGGAGUGUCGUACGACUGCUGCUCCGAAAUCUACUGUGGGAGCAAACCGGUGUCGGAGCCCGAGGCCCAGGCCGUCACUGACUUUGUGGGAAGCCGGAAGGACGACUUCCUGUGUUUCCUCACCAUCCACUCCUACGGGCAGCUGCUCCUGGUUCCCUACGGACACCCCAACUUCACCGCCGACAACUACGACGAGCUGAUGGAGGUGGGUUUGGCUGCAGCAGACGCCAUCAGAGGGGUCCACGGGAAGAACUACAAGGUCGGAACCUCACCGGCGAUAUUGUACCCCAACUCCGGCUCGUCAAGGGACUGGGCUCGUCAGCAGGGGAUCCCCUUCGCCUACACCUUCGAGCUCAGGGACAACGGGACGUUCGGCUUCCAGCUCCCGGAGGAUCAGAUCCAGCCCACGUGCGAGGAGGCCUUCACAGGAGCCCUGCACAUCAUCACCUACGCCCACGAAAAGACUUUUAAUGGUGCCACCGCCGCCACUGCGGCCCUGUGGACAAUGCUGUUGGCAGCGAGCGUCACCGGCGCCAACCUGAUGUGAGGAAAAAAAACACAGCAGGAGGUGAACUGAGCAAAACUGUGCUGCCAUAUAAGGGCGACAUGUUUAUAUCUGAUCUUCCAGAAAUCUCAUACACCAGCCAAUAUUUGACCCAUUAAAAUGAUUCCCAGAUUUUUGCUUUCAUCACUAAACAUCAUGAUGUGCAGCAAUGCGUGUCCACAACCUGUCAAUUCAAAGCAACUCAUUCAUAAAGAAUAAAUUAUAUUCUACUUUU